CUGCACAUGACCCCAGUCGCCGACGCCGUCAAUCUCGCCGUCACAUGCCAAAGCCUUCCAUUCAUCGCCUUCCUCUCGUCUUCUUCUUCUUCUUCCUAUAAAACAACACAACGAAACAGGAGGGAGCAGAGAAGCCAAUCCAUCACCGCCACCGCCACCGCCCGAGCCCCGAAGCCUAGGCCCUCCUGAUCUCCACCAAGCAAUGGAAGCCGCCGGAGCCACCUCAUCCCGCCUGGCCCGCUCCGCCUCACUCUCCGCCGCUCGCCCCCACCACCGCUCCCGCGUCGCCAGGUUCCCGCCGUCCCCGCAGCUGACCUCGCUCUCGGCCGCCGCGGCGUCGCCGCGCGCCCUCCCGCUCCGCCGGACCAGGUCCGACGCCGAGCUCGCCUACGUCGCGAGAUCCGCCGCCGUCGUCGUCCUCCGCCACGCCCCGAUCCCCGCCAUCCUCGAGGCGGACGAGGAAGAGCGCGACAGCAAGGCACCGGCGGGCGUCGACGGCGCCGGCAGGAACGGCGGCGGCAGCGGAGGCGGCGGCGGUGGCGGCGGCGGCCAAGGUCAAGGCAGCGGCUGCGACAUGGGCGAGUACUACCGCCGCGUGCUGCGGGUGGAUCCCGGGAACCCGCUGCUGCUCCGGAACUACGGCAAGUACCUGCACGAGGUGGAGCGCGACCUGUCCGGCGCCGAGGGAUGCUACGCGCGCGCGCUGCUGGCGUGUCCUGGGGACGCCGACCUGCUCAGCCUCUACGGCCGCGUCAUCUGGGAGGCGCGACAGGAGAAGGACCGCGCCGCCGACUACUUCGAGCGCGCCGUGCAGGCCGCGCCGGAUGACUGCUACGUGCUCGGUUCCUACGCGAGCUUCCUGUGGGACGCCGACGACGACGAGGAGGAAGUAGGCACCCGAGCGGCCGAUGUGAAAGAGGAAACAACAAGCACCGUGGUCGCGUCGUGCGACUCGCCGUCGUUGAUGCCCGCGUGCUGAUCGAUCCGCGCGUCGGGGUGAACCGGUAGUCAGCUGCCAGCGUGCUGAUCGAUCUGCGCGUCGGGGUGGACCGGCGUUCAGCUGCUUCAUCUGCUGUUUUGUUACAACUACUGUGUACAUAGGAUCAUGUACGCGUACCGGAUCGGACGGCGGAGGAGGGAGUACCAGAACAAAUCAACUGCCACCGCCGACGAUGGAUCGGGCGUCGAUCGAGCCGGCGAAAAAUAACGAGGAGCCUAGCAGGGUAUACGACGAUGGCGGCAGCGGCAGCAAAAUCGACGGGCACCUCGUUUGAAUCUAUGUAUGUAAUUAUGUAUAGAGCGACCUUGUAGCUUGAUGAAUGAAUAACUGAACUUACUGAACGAUCGAUGUAGUAUAGCUAGCGGUAGUCACUAGACACUGUACCAUUCCGGCUUUUUCUUGUGGCUGCAUGUUUUUCUUGGUUCGAUCGAGCUCAAUAAAUCACAAAAGUACUCCUAGACUAGAUGUUUGUAACUUUGUACUUCUAUUAUAAAUAAUUUGGCCGAUGCACCUAGUGUCAUGGCAUGUGUUUGAUGGUUU